AAGACUCUUCUAGAGAGAGGAUAAAUGACCAUAACACUUAUAACAUAACUGGAUCCAAGUCAACCAUGAGGAUUAUUUUCUGCCAGUCGACUCUUGUGGCUGUAGUUUUGGUUGCACUCACUGUGAUGUCCUACACUGAAGCCAAGACUACACCGAAGCCAAAGUACCAGUACACCAAGAAGCCCGUCCCUCAGAUCACAGUCCACAGCCCUGUUACCACCAGCAUGCCCAAGACGCUUAAGAUAAUGCCGACCGCAAAUCCUGUGCAACCCCACCCGCUGCCUACCCCAGUGAGGACCACCUACCCAAGUCAUGUCUUUGCACAGCACUACCCUGAUGGCACUGGGCCACCCGGUGUUGGUCCUGAGAACUACACCCUGGAUUACAAUGAGUGUUACUUUAACUUUUGUGAGUGCUGCCCACCGGAGAGGGGCCCCAGGGGCCUAAAAGGUGACAGAGGCCUAGCAGGGUCACCUGGUGAAAGAGGCCUUGCUGGAGCAGCCGGUUUACCUGGACCACCUGGUGUGAGUGGUCCUAUGGGGUUAAAGGGCGAAAAAGGGGAUAAAGGUGACAGAGGAAACAGUGGGCCAACUGGGCCGUUAGGAAUUCCAGGGAAACCAGGGCCAAAAGGUGAUGUUGGCUACAAAGGAGAAAAAGGUGAAGUCGGAUUGCAAGGUAUCAAAGGUGAUAAAGGGCAGAAAGGAGAACCUGGCAAAAAUGGGACUGCUGGUGAGAAAGGAGAGCCUGGAAAAGAAGGGCCAGUUGGGCCUCCAGGAGUGGCUGCUGUAUCAGGUUCGAAGGGAGACAAGGGGGAUAGAGGGGAGUGUGCCACUUAUGGAGAGAAAGGACAAAAAGGUGAGCCAGGUGAACCUGGGGCUCCUGGGAUCCCAGGAGCAAUGGGAAUUCCAGGACAGAAUGGAAAGCAUGGCUCCCCAGGUCCUGUAGGUGUCCGAGGGGAUCCGGGACUCCCUGGACCACAAGGAGAACCAGGGGGAAGGGGGUCUGAAGGACCACAAGGCAUAAGAGGGAUGCCAGGGCCAAGAGGGGAAAGAGGUUACCCCGGGAUGAGAGGUGAGCGAGGUUUUCGUGGAUUCAAAGGAGCAAAAGGCUCAGGAGUUCCCCAGAAACGCUCUGCCUUCAGUGUAGGUAUCUCUCCAAGAAAGUCUUUCCCUCCUUCAGGCUUUCCAAUCCGCUUUGACAAAGUCUUCUACAAUGAAGAGAACCACUUCAACAUCACUUCCAACAGCUUUACGUGUGUCCACCCCGGAGUUUACGUAUUCUCCUUCCACAUCACUGUGCGCAAUCAGCCACUGCGAGCCACGCUGGUGGUGAACGGGUCACGGCGGGUGAGGACACGGGAUUCUCUGUAUGGUCAAGACAUUGACCAGGCUUCUACUCUGGUGGUGCUGCGGCUGGUGGCAGGUGAUCAGGUGUGGAUGGAGACGCUCAGAGACUGGAAUGGUGCAUAUGCCAGCAGUGAGGAUGACAGCAUCUUCUCUGGGUUUCUUCUUUACUCAGACAAGCCGUGA